AAACACACCAGCAACACAGACCAACCAAAAACUGACGAUGGCUUCCUCAAACCCGCCUGCAGCUGCAAACCACAUCCCUCUCUGCGAACCCAGCCCAGUGGACAACAUCAACCCACGUCUACCAAGAGUUGGCGAUCACUUUGACAGCUGGGACGACUUUCGAACGUGGUCUCGAAAGGCAGCCGAAGCACGAGGCUUUACGCUCAGCCAGUCUCAAUCUAAAGGCAGCUCAGGGACGAUCGUACUCCGAUGUAGUCGAUUCAAAGAACCCGGGACGGUCGGCCAAAAGAUGGCCGAAAACGGCUGUAAGGUCGUCUACAAAGUCAUGAGGGCUAGGUUCGGUGUCGAAGGCUUCGAGGUCGUAUACGCCUUUGAUGAGCACAACCAUCCCUUCGGACCCGACCUCCCCGUCGGUCACCGUCCCGGUACCAGUCUAUCAGGCCAGCCGCCCAAGAGGAAGAAGGUCAAGACGAGCGCAUCUGGGGGGACCAGCGACGUUGGGAUAGCUGGUUCGAGUCAAUCCCACAACGUCUCCAACGGGGCUACCCCUCCCGCCUCGAGCUCAAAACCAUUCCUAUUCGACCCUUACACCGGCAAGCCGAUCCGAUCAUCCGCCACUCCCAUCCCAACCGCCAGUACUCCCAGUCCACCCACCCAUCUCGAUCCCAUCCAUCAUCAACCAAUCCCCCCUCCAGCCGCCCAGUCUCUCCCACGCGCCCCAAGCAGUCUCAGUGGCACUCCACGCAGUCACUCCUCACGUGGUGGCUCGCGCACAACAAACUAUCCACAUCCCAUCUCUCAGCAGGUAGACAGUUAUCCGGCUGCAAUCCCACUCAAUCCUCCAUCGACGACGGGCAUGGGAAUGAUGACCCCUAACAGUAACCAAUCUCAACUGAAACACUACCCACCACUAAGCAUCAGACUCUCCGUCAAAGCCCAAAACUCGAUCACCGAAUUCCUCAGCAGUCUCUCACCUGCCCUGACCCCCUAUGGCACUCAUUUCAAGUGGCUCGGCGUCCAAUCUCCCGUCGAUCUCUUGGGCUUGAUCGAUUCUGGUGGCGAGGAGGAACUCGAGGUGUUCUUGGACGAGAUUGAUACUUGUGGGAUCGGUGCUAGGGGUGAAGGGGUCAGUCAGGACGAAAAAUCUUUAAUCAUUAGGGGCUUGAGGAAACUCAGUGGAAUCAAAAGUAAAUCUUAAUGGAUGUAAUUUUGCUUUUCAUCUUUUUUAUUCUCUCUUAUGAAGGCCAAGAAAGAAAACGUGAGUUUGUUAAACCCCACAAAAGAGCUGAUAUGCGGUAGUCUGGCUUUUGCCGUUAUGACCCUCAAUUUUUUUUCUUGAAAUAAUUAGUUAUACAAUGUAUGUUCAGAGUGGUUUUGUAGGAAAACAGAUGUAAUGUAAUAGUCUGGUUAAUGCUAGUCACUUGAAUACCAAUUUUAUGGCAUACAUAUUAUACAUGU